UACCACUUGACCGAUAUGGAGGUUGCAGAGUCUACGGUGAACGAGACGGAUUUUACUGCAUUUGUUGCAGAUGUUUUUAAAGCUAGGGACUACCUUCGACAACGUUGUCAAAACAACGAACAAGAUGCAGACUUAAUUGAACUGAUCUCAAGAAUGGACGAAUUUGAAAGACAUGUCCUACCUAAAGUGAAAGGCAUUGAAAAUGUCAUACACAAAAUUAAUGAGGGCAUUCCAUCUAAAUCUGAGCAAGUGUUAGCAACUGUUUUAGAAGCAGUUGAAAAGCAUAAAGAUGAGAUCACUACAUUAAAAACAAAAACAAUUUCCACUGAAGAUUCUCUAAUGGAUCUUAGUUAUAAGAUAAGAGACGUUAUAGAUGAUGAAAAGAAGGAUAUGAAAAAAAUGAACAGACAGAUAUGUUUUUACGCAGUCAAACAAUGUACUUUUGGUAAGGUAUUAGGAAGUGUGUUACAACAACAUGAGCUACUUAAUCAAACAGUGAUAGCUCAGAAUAGUAAACUCGACUUCUUACAAACACAAGUUCAGGAGCUAUCGAAAUCUUUAACAGAAUCCACGGACACAAUGAAAAGGCACUUUACAAAACUAGAAGAUGACGUAAAAACAGUAACUCGGGAUCAGAAUACCGAAACAAACAAUAUAAAAUCUGAUAUUAAGUCAAUGAAAAAAGCAAACAAAAAGACAGAUUUUAGUAUUUUAGAGAUACACGAUAAAAUAACUGCUCAUGAUAAUCAGCUCAAAGAUAGCUUGGCUAAAAUACAUGACCUUGACAUUUCAACUCAGGAAAAAAUUAGCGAAAGUCAGGAAGACAUCAAGCAUCUUCAAACCAGAUAUGAAUCUAUCAAAGUGAAAGGCAUUGAAAAUGUCAUAUACAAAAUUAAUGAGGGCAUUCCAUCUAAAUCUGAGCAAGUGUUAGCAUCUGUUUUAGAAGCAGUUGAUGGCCGCCGUUGUCAUAGUUCUGUUGAUGACAUUGACAUAAGAUUGAAAGACAUGGCUUUACAGUCGGUUACAGUCGGGCUAGUGGCAGAGGUUUCUGAGAAACAAAAGGAGAUUUUUGACAGCGUUAAUAAAAAAUGUGACGAGAUGGUCAAGAGGAUAGAAAUCCAAGAUAAAAAAGUUGAUGAAGUUAAAGCUGAGCUUUCUCAGUCUGUAUUGGAAUCUUCUACCAAGAGUGAUUUACUUUUAAAACAGCUUGAUGGUAAAAUUUUAACUGAAGAAAAGAUUCGCUGUGAUGAUGUUAAAAAAGUGGCAUCUGAAAUCAGUUUAAUCAAAGAAACAAACCAAAAAAGAGACAAUCAACUUGAAAAACUAUUUAUGAAAAACGACGACUGUGAACAUCAGAGGACACACAUCUUUGUUACGGUGGGUGAGCUGGAAAAAAAGACGUGUGAACUGGAAGAAAAUCUUCUACUAGGCGUUGGGAAUUUAAAAGGUUCAGUUGACAAACUCCACUCAGAAGUGAGCAAACAGGAUGAAACUGUAAAAGGUCAACAGGUUAAACUCGAGGAGUUAAAAGUUAACUUAGAUAAGCUAUCAAAGUCUUUGACGGUAACAGAAAUCGACUUCAACAAUAAAUUAGAAAGGGAAAUAAAGAAUGGAAUCGAAAGAUUUAUCAGAGUGGAAGAUGAUAUUCUUUUGAUCAAAGAUUCAAAUAAAAUCACGGACUCUAAGCUCGCCGAGCUAAAGAAGGAAAACGACGAGAAUCAAAAGACCUUACAAAAUUCUUUAAAGGACCUUAAUUUGAAGGUCAUGGACAUCGACAAAGAAAUAAAAGGAAUUACAAAGAAGCAGGAUACAAUGGAACAACUGACCACUUCCGUUACCGAAAAACAAAAAAAGUCCAUCGCGAAUGUUAAAGUCACAUGUGACAUUCUGGAUUUCAAGAUAAAAGAGCAAGAAAAGAAAUCGACUAAGGAGAAAAUAGACGUCUCCAAGCGUUUGUCUGAAUUCACAACACAGUUUACUUCACAAGUGCAACUACUUGACAAUAAAAUAGAAACAGAAACAAAGAAUAUAAAUGAUCAAUAUAAAACUAACCACGGACUCGAAGCUCAAUGA